AGAACGCAGACGUUGUCAGAGAAGUCAGACAUUUUCUUCGCCGGCGGCAAGUGCACCCAGACCGGCAUAGAUCACGUGAAUGGCAAUCUCCCACCCCACCACCUCGCCGGCGCCGCCGCGCCCGCAGUCUCCGGGCAUCGGCGGCGUGCCCCUCUCGUCGGCUAUCAGCGACCUCCUCCGCUUCGUCCUUUCCUCCCACGCUGCCGGCGCCGCCCCGGACGACGGCCCGGCUGCCUUCCCCCUCUCGCCCUCCUACUGCGCCCGCCUGCUCGACGACGGCGGCGACCUGUGCAGGAAGCUGGCGGCGGGUAUUGAGCAGUGCCUCGAUGAGGGGAGGCUCCCGGGGCCGCCCGCGGUGGCCGGGAUCCCGGUUGGGGAGGAGGGGCCGGAGGAGUGGGAGGCGGUGCUGCUGCAGAAAGGCGCCGAACUGAAGCUGAUGUACAAUGCUGUCGACUUUGAGCUGCAUGUUCAGGAACCAUACUUCACUCAACUCAGAGCCGAAGCCAAGACAGUUGAAGGGAGGUUAGCGACUGGUAACUACAACCGGAUUACACAAGGUUCUUUGCUGCUAUUCAAUAAAUGCCUAUUGCUUAAUGUUGAGGCAGUUAGGAAAUACAGUUCAUUCUCUGAGAUGCUGCAAGCAGAGAUAAUCUCAAAUGUCCUUCCUGGUAUUUCAUCAAUAGAAGAAGGUGUCAAAGUAUACAGGACAUUCUAUACAGAGGAAAGGGAAAAGUCUUAUGGAGUCUUUGCAAUAUCUGUUUCAAAGCCAUCAGCUCAGCCUUACACAACUAUGACUGAUAUUCUUGCUGGAUUGAGUUAUGAUGGAUUGGGUCGACUCCUUGGUAUGGCCAGAACAGCUGGAACAGUUCCAGAUGGAUUACCUCCUCCAAGAUCUACACUGAUAUCAUCUUGUAUGAGACUACACCAACCAAAUGAGGUGAAAGGUUGUUCAUUAACUGAUGCUGCAAGGGCAUUGGCCAAACAUGUUUACAGGAGUACGAAAGGACGGUGCGGAGACAUUAGUGGAAGUGAUACAAGCAAGAACGAACUCGCAUCUGAAGCCAUUGACUCUUUGUUACGUGAUUGUGGCUGGAUGAAUGUUCAUCUGACUCAACCAUAUGGUCCUGUUUUUGAAAUCCGUGUGCAUGAAGGUUAUGGCGCCAGAUGGUCUCAAGAUGGUGCAAAGUUCAUUGGAUUCUUGGAGCCCUACACCCCAGAAGGCUUUUCUAAAGGGUGGAAACACUAGCUAGAUCAUGAUCUGUAUAUAGCAGUCCAGCAGAGCUGUUCAUUUGUAGCACCUGUAUGCUAAGUGUUUUGUUGUGACCAAUUACUGAAGAUAGUUUGUUUUUUGCGAGGAUACUGAAUAUAGUUGUCUUGGUCAAUGUAGAAGAAAUGAUCAUGUUAUUACGUCAGCUUCCUGCAUAUUUAUUGUACUUUUUCCAUUUUGUGAUAACCAACUGAUCUGGCUUAAGGGCCUUCCUUGUAAAGUUACUAAUUUUAUAACCUAAAAUUUAUCUUGGGACCAAUGUA